CCGAAGGGACCUGGAGAGAGAUCCAGAGAGAGACAGAGAGACAGACAGAGAGCGAGCGAGAGAGAAGCUGAGCUCUGUCAGGGCUCAGUCUCCAACUUGUUUCACUCCAUUCAACCUCCUCUCCUUGGGCUUCGGGGCAGUGACUCUGGCGCUUGGGAAUGAAGCCAAGGAUUCGUUCAUGCUUGCCGAGCAUUCUACCAGUGAGCUACAGCCCCAGCCCUACCAUCAUGCCUUUUGCUAAGGCGUCAUGUCCAUGUUUCUCCAGGUUGGUACCUAAGAAGAUGAUAAUCACACAAAUGUGUCCCUUCUACAUGACCGGACUUGGGCUUCUUUUACUGUUGACCAUCCUCCCUGGAACCGCUGGCCAAGGAGAAUCAAGACGGCAAGAACCUGGGGACUUUGUAAAGCAAGAUAUUGGCGGCCUGUCUCCUAAGCAUCCAAAUAUUCCUGAAGACAGCACUGACAACAUCACUAUCUUCACCCGAAUCUUGGAUCGCCUUCUGGAUGGCUAUGACAACCGGCUGCGACCUGGGCUUGGAGAUGCAGUGACUGAAGUCAAGACGGACAUCUAUGUGACCAGUUUUGGCCCUGUGUCAGACACUGACAUGGAGUACACCAUUGAUGUAUUUUUUAGACAGACAUGGCAUGAUGAAAGACUGAAAUUUGAUGGACCCAUGAAGAUCCUUCCACUGAACAAUCUCCUAGCUAGUAAGAUCUGGACUCCUGAUACCUUCUUCCACAAUGGCAAGAAAUCAGUGGCUCAUAAUAUGACCACACCCAACAAGCUACUCAGACUGGUGGACAAUGGGACCCUCCUCUAUACAAUGAGGCUUACGAUUCAUGCUGAGUGCCCCAUGCAUUUGGAAGAUUUCCCCAUGGAUGUGCACGCCUGCCCACUGAAGUUUGGCAGCUAUGCCUACACAACUGCCGAAGUGGUUUAUUCUUGGACUCUUGGGAAGAACAAGUCUGUGGAGGUUGCGCAGGAUGGAUCUCGCCUGAAUCAGUAUGACCUGUUGGGCCAUGUUGUCGGUACAGAGAUCAUCCGGUCUAGUACAGGGGAAUAUGUCGUCAUGACAACCCACUUUCAUCUCAAGAGAAAAAUUGGCUACUUUGUGAUCCAGACCUAUUUGCCAUGUAUCAUGACUGUCAUUCUCUCCCAAGUGUCUUUCUGGCUCAACAGAGAGUCUGUCCCUGCACGCACGGUCUUUGGUGUCACCACGGUACUGACCAUGACCACCUUGAGUAUCAGUGCCAGAAACUCUCUACCUAAAGUGGCGUACGCGACGGCCAUGGACUGGUUCAUAGCCGUCUGUUAUGCCUUCGUGUUUUCUGCUCUGAUUGAGUUCGCCACUGUCAACUAUUUCACUAAGAGGAGUUGGGCUUGGGAAGGCAAGAAGACUCCAGAGGCCGUGGAGACGAAGAAGAAAACACCAGCAGCUCCGACCAAGAAAACGAGCACUACCUUCAACAUUGUGGGGACCACCUAUCCCAUCAACCUGGCCAAGGAUACCGAGUUCUCCACCAUCUCCAAGGGCGCUACUCCCAGUGCGUCCUCCACUCCGACCAUCAUCUCCUCGCCCAAGGCCACCUUUGUGCAGGACAGCCCGACUGAGACGAAGACCUACAACAGUGUCAGCAAGGUUGACAAAAUCUCCCGCAUCAUCUUUCCUGUGCUCUUUGCUAUCUUCAAUCUGGUCUACUGGGCCACAUACGUGAACCGGGAGUCAGCUAUCAAGGGCAUGAUCCGCAAACAGUAGGUCGUGGAGGUGGCCCAGCAGCCAGAGCACUGUACACCCCUGAGGCACCAGGCACCCCGCCCCGGGGCUCCCCUCACACGGUCCAGGAUUCUUCUUUUUAACCCUCAUUCAGAGCUGUGACUCUCAGUUCAUAUUUAUGAAUCUCAGUGAAAAAAUAGCAACCAAAACAUGACUUGUCCCUCUGCCACUGCAUAGUGUCCUCCUCCCACCAGAGCCAAACACUGCCAUUGUCCACCUGCACAUUUUAGCCUGCCGGUUUCCCCCAGCUGCCGGCAUCGCAUGUGUUUUCUUGCAGUCCGCCCACCGCAGGAAGAACAGGAGACCCCUAGUCCCUGUCCUGCGAGCCUUGGCUGUUCGAGAAGUCCAGACUGAGGAGAAUUGUGGGCUGAUUCAGAUCACACGAUUCUGACUUCCUAGGGAGCCAGACCGGACUGCGCAGUGUGGUCCUCUGUGCCACACCUUCUGCCUGCAGCAGGGCCUGCCAGGCAGAGGGCUGUGAGCAGAGGCUGCGUGAGAGUUUUUCUGAGCUGGAGGACGUGAGAAAGUCACCUCCCGGCCAAGGCAACCUGUCCAUCACCAGGUGGGAUAGGAAGGGUUGGUGGUAGUGGAGAAUUCAAGUCUGGCUCAAAACAAAGGGUCACUGGCAGGUAAAAAGUCAUAUUCACCCUUCUGAGGCCCUCGCCCAGCACACCAGGGACCUCUGGUCCUGUGUCAUCGAUGACGAAGCUUGAGAGGGGUGACCUGGAGAUCAAUACAAAUUUCUCUAGCCCUUUUUGAGUCAACUAAACCAUUGAAUUUAUUGACAGUUUUAUACCAUAUUAUGUAAAGGCCAUUUGAUUUAAUUUGUUCUUAAUGUUAGUAAAUGGGACAGGCAUAAAUACACAAAUUUUAUAAGGUAAAUACACUGAGUCGCAGAAGUUUGAAUAAUUUGCCUAGGCCCCUUACAAGUGUCUUUAAUAAACAAUGAUACUGCACCCCUUUUCAGUAGCCAAAAUGGAGAAAGAACUGAGAAGCCAGGUCCAUUUGGACCUCAGAAUCAGCACCAUCUCAGUGGGCCUUCUGGGUCAUGAGGACACUGUAAAGGUCUUUAGAAAGUUUCUGUGUUAUGCUUCUAAGAGCAUGGAUCUGAUUCCGUGCACUUGUCUGGAGACUCCUAGAAGCCCAAGGCAGAGCCACAGAUGGUACAGCAAGCAGAUUGUCCCUGGCCUCCCACAGAAACAAAAGCUGUCCCGGGGUGUGUCCUUAGCUGCUGGUUGCCUUUCCAUCCAUCCUUCCCUGAUCUUCUGCUUCCUUGCCAUUGCUGGGAUAAUGCAUGCCAGUCCCAUUUUUUCCUAAGGCUGUGUCUAUAGGUAAAUUCUUGACUAGAAGAGUGUAGUCUUGUGGACAUGUGGGGAUGGGGGGGUGGGCGGGGCUGUAAAUGAUUGUCUUAAAGAAUUUAGAGUGGAAGCCUGAUCUUCUGUAUCAACUGUGUAUUAAUUGUGUUUCCAAAUGCUUUGGUGCAAUGUUUAGCGGCUGUUUAUUAAAUCCUUUCUGAAUUGUA